UUUUAUAAUAAUGCAAAAUUAAAUCUGUAGAUUUGAUACACAAUGAAUCAAAGCCAUAAAAAUACCAUAAAAUAUUUGCAUAAAUUGUAAUAAUUUGUAAUAAAAAUAUUUGAUAGAAAGGGAAUCGGUAAUUGAAUGAAGAUGUAAACAGAUGCCACGCCUUUUUAUCGUAGACGAAGAGUAAACUGUGUUGCAAGAUAUAUUAUUACUUAAAUUAAAUAUGUAUUCGUAUUUAUUUAGAACAAUAUAUCUCUAUUUAUUAUUAUUAUUCAUAAUAGUAGGAACUGAAGCCAUUCGCUGUUAUCAGUGUAGUAGUGACACUGAUCCUAAAGGGGAAGAUUUAUGUGGAGCAUAUACAAAAUUUGAUAAAGAAAAAAAUAUUGCUGUAGAAUGCAAUAGUGAAGAAUCAAAUAUGCCCGGUACAUUCUGUGUUAAAAUAACACAUCAGAGUCCUCGUGGUUUUAUUUGGAACGGUAGAUGGCGCCAGGUGAUCCGUCGAUGUGCUUCAGUAUCUAGUACCGGAGUUACGGGUGUUUGUAACUGGGGAGUUUAUGAAAAUGGAGUAUAUUGGGAAGAAUGUUCUUGUUCGGAAAAUUCUUGUAACGGAGCAUCAACAUUAUCAUCAUUUUCAAUAAUCAUUUUAUUGAUUUUUGGUUUAUAAAAAUGGAAGACACUUUUGAAGGGUGGAUUCUAAACAUCAAAACGGUAGAAUGAGACGGCGAAACAGCGAGAACGUUCAACUGGGUGCGCGGCGUACCGUAUUGCAAUGUCACUUGCGGAGUCUCUCAAUGAAAGUAAAUAUACUGAUACUUUUUUAUAUAUAAUUGAUUAUUUCAAAUGAAUUAUAAGAUAAUAUACAAUGUACAUAAAUAUUAUGUCAUCUAACAUUUUUAUAUCAUUUUUAUUACAUUUAAAAAAAUUUUUAAUUAUGCAAAUUAAAAUUUAUGUAAUUAAUUAUUUAAUAGAAACUUACCUUAGAUAAAUUAGCAAAUUUCACAAUAUUUAGAAUUAUAUAAUGAUUAUACUAAUAUUUCAUUUAAAAUUAUAGAUAAAUUCUUGUAUUUCAUUCAACCUACUAUACUUAUCGAAAUCUAUAGAAACAAAUCAAAACAUACUUUUAUAAGAUUUCGA